AUGCCCCAGAAGGAUCCUUGCCAGAAACAAGCCUGUGAAAUACAGAAAUGCUUGCAAGCGAACAACUACAUGGAGUACAAGUGUGAAACUGUGCUUCAGGAGAUGCGGAAGUGCUGCGCCCGGUACCCCAAGGGCAGAUCCAUCUGCUGUUCAGGGUUUGAGAAAGAAGAAAGGGAGAGAGAAAAGUCUAAGGUGACUUCAGAAGGAAUUCCUGCACCACCUCAGUAACACAAUGCAGCUCCAGCAGGUGCCGGAGCACGGACUCACCUGCACGGCUCGUGUGUGUUUUGUUAAGCCUUCUUUAGACUUCCAGCAGAGCCAGAUUGCUCCUAGAACACACCAUCUGGCACACCAAAAAGUGUAACGCAGUACCAACAGAUGCCCUGGUUAACAGACUUUGCUUUCUGUACCAAAACAUCAUCUGCAUUGUCUUUGCAUUGCACCUGUGUCUGUGAAAAGUCAACUUGGUGUUUUUAGAAUGCUUACCUUACUCUAAUCCAUCCUUGCUCUCAAAACAGAGAACUGGAACCAAGUUAUUCUGGUUUCUGGAGUGAAAGGUACAGGAAAUGAGCUGAGAAGAAUGAGUGAGUUUAAGCAUGACCCAUGAAACAAAGCCCAUCUUGACACAGCAAAGGUAUUGCUGCCAUCAUGCAGUAGGCCCAGACAUUUGCCUGUCCAGUGGUUCAAGCUCAAGCAUGGGAAUCAGGUCUAGUGAUUGUUCCUAGGUCUUGCAUAGAUCCUGAGUGACUGCAAGUCACUGUGCCUAAGUGCCUCACUUUCCCACUGGACAGGCUUUUGGUUUUUGAAUUGCCUACACGCUGCUAUUUGCAUGACAAAGAUGUUGACAGAAACAUUAUUUCAGGGAUUGCUACAGGAAUAGGGAUUUUUUUUAAAAAAAAAGCAAUAUUCAUUUGAAAGAUUUGACUGUUGAUAUAAAAAUUUAUAAAUUUAUGUAUAAUUGAACACCUCUAAGCAAUAUAUUUACACACUCAGCGUGGUUCAACCCCACUGGUACCCAGAGGCCUGUCAAAAAAGCCCUGGGCUAGAUCCAAGAACUGAUUUAGGUGUUGCUUACAGAACAAGCAGUUGCAGACACUUGCUUUAACACAG